AUGGACUCUCUCACCACGUCCAAAGUGGAGCAAAACGGCCUCCAGACAGCCUACUGCAUCACCACGUUCACAACAAAAAGGUCCAUAGAGCGAAACGAGUCGGGGGCCAUCUCAAUCACCAGUGGGGUUGGCUACGUCAAUUGUAGGGAAAUGUUCUCCACCGAUGCAGUGUCGCAGGAACACCGCGGGAGGGUGGAGGCGGUUAAAGGUUUUAGGCACCUGAAAGUCAAACAAAAGCUUGUGUUCAUCAUUGUUCUCCUACUCUACUUGUUCUCUCUCUUCUGUAACCUGACCAUCAUGCUGUUGAUCAUCACGCAGCAGCUUCUCCACAAGCCCAUGUUUUACAUCCUCUUCAGUCUCCCCCUGAAUGACCUGAUAGGAAUCAGCAGUAUACUACCCAGGGUGUUGGCAGAUAUCGUGACACAGACCCACUCUGUGUACUACCCAACAUGUGUUUUUCAGGCCUUUCUAUGUCACAUGUAUGGGGGUGGUGUACUUUUCAUACUUGCAGCAAUGUCAAUUGAUAGAUAUCUUGCCAUUUGCAAACCUCUUCAAUAUCCCUCAAUCAUGACACCUUUUACAUUGUGUGUUAUUAUAUCAGUUGCUUGGGGCUUGGACCUGGCUUUGAUAUUGAGCCUUUUUGCUCUUCAUUCAAGAGUUACAAAGUGCAAGGCUUACAUACAAAAUGUCUACUGUGACAACCCCUCUAUUCUACUCCUGUCAUGUGGAGAAGAUCUCACAGUUAAUUACAUUUAUGGCUUGGCAAUCACAGCUGUUAUGCAAAUUAUCUGUGUGGGUAUUCAGCUAUUUUCCUAUAUUAAAAUUAUUAUAAUAUGUGUCAGUAAUCGGCAGUCUGACACCAGGAGCAAGGCUGUCAACACAUGUGUAGCUCAACUAGUAACAUUCUUCUUAUUUGAAUUCAUUGGCACAUUUGUGAUACUAUCAUACCGCUUUGAAAACUUACCCCCUAAUGCACAGAAACUAUGUGGCAUGAUGAUUUACUUAAUCCUUCCCAUAGUUAAUCCAAUAAUAUAUGGGAUGAAAACAAAGGACAUUUUAACGGCAUUCAUGGUGGUAUUGAAAAAAAAGAUAACAUUCAAAUAA